GGGGCUGAAGAGGUGCAGAGAAGCGACGGCCAGGCCUGGCUCUACUGAGGACGAUCUGCGGGGGAGGGAACAGGGAGGGGACCUAGCUUCUCCCUCCCCGCCAGGGUCCGGGGAGGAGGCUGCUCCAAACGGGGCUGCCGGCCUGCUCGCUAGGCAGGGGCGCUGUCUCUUUAAGGAGGAGGGUGCCUGGAUUGGAGCGGGGGUGGCUCUUUUAGUUUCUGCGGGCCUGGGCUGCUUCCCUUGCCGGGCUCGCGGGCCAAGGGGCCCUUUUGCAGCAAUGCCCUGGCUGGUGCACCUGGGCCCUCCGGCGGCUCACCGCUCGCUGGGCUCCGGGGCGCUGCUCCAAGCUACCGCACGCAUCGUCUGGAGCAAGGUGGGCAGCGGCGGCAGCAGCCCCAGAGCAGCAGCGGGGGCCCCGCCGUUCCUAGGCGGCCAGGUGCAGGCUGGCCCCGGCGGAGGAGAAGCUAGAGAGGCUCCGCACAGGAGGGAGCCUCGACCCAGCCUCCGACGGGAGUGCAGCUGGCUCGUCCUGGGGGACCUGCGCCUGCAAAGCCCCCUCCGCUUCCUGCCCCCAGCUGAUCCCAGCCGCCGGGCCGGCUGCAGAGCUGCUCAGGCGGGUUGUCUGCCCCCCCGCCGGGGCUUCGGAUACAGACAGCAGGUGCAAGAGGACGCGGAGUUCAGCCAUCUGCAGCCCCAGAUAACUCUGCAAGCAACUGCCAGCAACUUCCCCAGCAGCAGCCGCGGCAGCUCCGGGAAGGACACAAGUAGAUCCCCUGAAAAGGAAGUCACAGAUCCCAGUGAUGAGGAUGAGAAGAAACCCAACAAAUCCCAGCAGCUGAAAAAGGUUUUUAAAGAAUACGGCGCUGUAGGAGUUUCAUUCCACGUUGGAAUUUCAUUAAUGUCUUUGGGAAUAUUCUACCUGGCUGUUUCAAGUGGUGUGGACAUGACUGCAGUUCUCCUAAAACUUGGAUUCAGUGAAGCAUUGGUGCAAUCCAAAGUGGCUGCUGGUACAAGCACAUUUGUGUUGGCCUAUGCUAUUCACAAAGUGUUUGCUCCAGUCCGAAUCAGCAUUACCUUAGUUUCUGUGCCAUUCCUUGUCCGAUAUUUCCGUAAGAUUGGUUUCUUCAAACCUCCUGCCUCAAACCCAUGAUGAAAUCUUAUUUUUUUUUUUUUAAAUGUCAUGUUCAUAUAGCUUUUAAAAGUGCCGUGCAACUGCAGUUGCCCUAAUUUGGACUCAUGUUAAUACUGAUCUCAUCUCGCAUUUUUGCUUGUCCUUUCAGGAAAAUGUUGAUAACCCCUUCCCUUCCCUGUUAAAAUGGUAUCUGAAAACUCCUGCCCGUGAUAACAUAAGCACUUACCUAGGAAUGAGGAAACUCAUUUAGAACAUACAUCUUAGUCUCUUUACAGCUCAGCCAUUUGGGCCUUACUUUUUUGUUGGUGAAACACACUUGCUACAGUGCAGCACUAGUUCAUAAUAGUGUAUUUCAGGAACUAAACUAAGAUUGAAUCCCCAUUUAAUUAUUCUCUGAAGCAUACUCUGUCCUAUCAUGUGAAUGCCUCUUUUGAUACACAAACUCAGUGCUUAGUAUUUAUCCAUUGCCCCUUUAAAAUAAUUUCUUGCUCUGAAAAGGCACUCUGGCCAUGCUGUACUUCCAUACUUCUAAGUUGUAUGGAUGCUGAGCAUCACUUAAAAGCUCACUCUCCUGGUUGACUAGCAGCUGGCCCUACUGGAAUCUUAUUUAUCCUAUGAAGUGAGCUGUAGCUCACGAAAGCUCAUGCUCAAAUAAAUUGGUUAGUCUCUAAGGUGCCACAAGUCCUCCUUUUCUUUUUGCGAAUACAGACUAACACGGCUGUUACUCUGAAACCUUAUUUAUACUAGAGUGCUGUAGACUAUUUGAGUGAAAUCCUGAUUCCCCUGAAAUCAAUGGAAGUUUUGUUACUGACUUCAAGGGGACCACAAUUUCAGUCUGUGGGCAUGAUCCAAAGCCCAUUGAAGUCGGUGGCAAGGCUCCCAUAGGCUUCAAUGUGGUGGAUCAGGCCCUGUAUUAGCAGACAUAUCUACAACUGAAAACAAGCUGUAGCAGGUUCUCAGCCCCUGCAGAAGAAGCUCAUAUACAUUCCUGAAGUCCAUACGCUAUAAUUCUGCAGACUGUUGAAUGCACCAGCUAGUCACUCGAUUCUUAUAUUAAACUAACAUGUCUUAAUAUGGGGGGGGAGUGAUCUAUACUUUUAAGACUCUUUAUUGCAUAGCUCACAUCAGAUAUCAUUUUAAAGUGCUAUUUCCUUUGAUGUUUGAGUUGUCAUUUUGGCUUGCUGUUCACAACUCAAUAUGGCAGGUUUCUACAAACUGCUGCAAUGUCUAUAAUUCAUCAGGUCAAGAAAUCUGCAGGUCUGAGCUACCUACUAUGGAGUGCAUAUUAACUAUUUUAAUGUGAACAGAAAAAAAAAAGCUUAGUUCUGAUCUCUGCAGUAAAUUCCAAAAACUUACCAAUGUGCUACAUUGCUCUUGCACUGCAGAAGUAUUACCGUGAAGUCACAAUAAGGGUAUGUCUACACUGUGGAUCGAUGCUGCGGCGAUCGAUCCACUGGGGGUCGAUUUAGCGGCUCUCGUGAAGGCCUGCUAAAUCAACCACAGAUCGCUCUCCCAUCGACUCCGAUACGCCACCAGAAUGAGAAGCAUAAGGUAAGUGGAUGGGGAAACUCUACACCCAGUGCAGUGUAGGCACUGCAGUAAGUCGACCUAAGCAACAGCGACUCCAGCUAUGUUAUUCACAUAGCUGGAGUUGUGUAACUUAGGUCGACUUAAUCCUGUAGUGUAGACUAGUGGUUUUCAAACUUUUUUUCUGGGGACCCUGUUGAAGAAAAUUAUUGAUGCCCGUGACCCAGCGGAGCUGGGGAUAAGGGGGUUGGGAUGUGGGAGGGGCUCAGGGCUGGGGCAGAGGGUUGCGGUGAGGGCUGCAGGGUGGGGCUGGGAAUGAGAGGUUCAGGAUGUGGGAGGGGGCUCUGGGUUGAGGAUGAGGGGUUUGGGGUGCAGGAAGGGGUUCUGGAUUUGGGGGGGGCUCAAAGCUGGGGCAGGAGAUUGGGGUGUGGGCUUACCUCAGGCAGCUCCCAGUCAGUGCAGCUGGGAUGCGGAGGCAGGCUUCCCUCCUAUCCUGGCACCACAGACCAUGCUGUGCCCCAGAAGCAGCCAGCAGCAGGUCUGGCUCCUAGGCAGAGGUGCGCAAGCGGCUCCGUAUGGCUCUUGCCCGCAAGCACCAACCCCCCUCCCCAGCUCCUAUUGGCCAGUUUCCAGUCAAUGGGACUGCGGAGCCGGUGCUCAGCGCAGGGACGGUGUGCAGAGCCCUGUGGCCCCCCUGCCUAGAAGUCAGACCUGCUGCUGGCUGGUUUGGGGGCACAACGCAGUGUCAGAAUAGGUAGUCACUAGCCUGCCUUAGCUGGGCAGCACUGCCGAUGGGACUUUUAAUGUCCCUGGGUGCUGAGCAAGGUGACCCAGAGCCUUACAUGCUGCAACUCAGUACUGGAUCGCUACCUGAACUUUGAAAAACACUGGUGUCGACUUGCCCUAAGUGAGAUUGACCUAAAUGAGCACUUCGUAGUUUUAGGCCCAAGAUUUAGACAUAUAUAUUCAUUAUGAAAUUAAAUAGAAAUAUUUUCAGUAGCUUUAUCUGGAUGUUCCUCUGCAGUGUUGGUGAAACAAACACUGCAGCAUAAUGCAAGUGAAAUGGACUAUAAACAGACUAGUUCACCUCCACCCUCCAAGCUGAGGGAAGUGCAAAGAACUAAGGAUGUGUCAAUGAUGAUUCAAUUCUAACUUAUUUAUCCUUUUAAAUAAUCAGUUGAAAAAUACUUCUUAAAUAUUUUAUCACUGUGACAAUGUUCCUAUCCUAAUGUGGAGUUUAGUAUGUACAUAUAGCCAUGCAAUACAGAGUGCCCAAGACUGGGUCCAAAAUAAGCUAUUGUGUACACCUCAAGGGAUUUUGAUGACUUAGGGCUAGAUUGGCAGCUUGCAAACUGCCCUGAGUAAGGGGCAGCAUAUAACUGCACUACCCCAGGAGCAGGGGCCAUAUUGUGACUAAGAGUUGCAGUGUGGUCCCUGCUUCCUCUUUGCUCCAUGGGAGAUGUAAGAUGCUAGCCUUCUUUCUAAUGUAGCUUAAAUCACCUUCUGCUCCUGUUCUGCUGCUCUGGCUGGCUCACUGCCUGGCCAGGAGAGAGAGUUAGCUGCUCCUAGGUGGCUGCAUUCCCUCUUGCUUUGUGCCCCAUGAUGCAGGUAGUUUGUGCAGAGACAAAAUGGGGUGCCUCACAUCCCUGCAAUGGUGUGUAAGCUAGUUUGUGAUCAACUUAUCAAGCAGAGUUUACAUUUCAUUUUAAUUGCUGGAAUGUUUUGAGUUUUUAAUUGAAAUUGCCUUCUGGUGAUGCUACUGAAUAAUGGACAUUCUGGAUAAAAUUGAAAUAUUUUUAAAGUAACCAUUGAAGGUGGUGGUGGUGGUGGUGGUGGUUGCAUUAUUAACUCCUCACAACAGUAACUUCCCUAGUCUCCUGUGAUUUGCUAGCUGCUAAAACAUUGGGGGGGCCUUUUAAAAAAAAAAAAAAAAUCCGUUUGACCUUGAGUAGAAUGUCUAAAUUUCCUUAAAGGAAACAUUUUUGGUUUUAUUCCCUUUCCCAUAAUUAUUUAUAAUAGAGCCAUUUUCUCUGAUGGGCUCCCUAUUGCUUUAUAGAGAGUUCUCUGAUCUUGAGUACUGUUGCAGUCACUUUGAUACUAAAGAUAUAGCAAGAUACAAAAAAUCCUACUUUUUAAAGUAUUCAAAUUGUCAUAUCACUUUAUUCUUUCAUUUCUAAGUAAAAUGUGUAUUUUUCUAUUAUCACUAUUAGAAGGACUGGAAUGCUACUUGUUUUGCUAUGUUACUUCCUGUAAUGCAGUCAUGAUUUUAUGGUUUCUGGAAACAAUACUCACUUUAAAAAUCACCAGCGUGCCAAGGUAAUUUCAUUUGUAAUUAAACUGCACUUGUCCCCUUUUAAGUGAGAUUGAGAGACUAUUUUUACCUCUGAAUUAGACAAAUCUGGUUGUAAAAACUGUCAUUUGCAACCUUUGUUUAGAUGAACAUUUUUGCAAUAUAUUUUAAAUCAAGAAUAUAUUUUGAAUUUCUGAAUCCUCCUAUGUAAGCUUAGAAAUGUGAAAACAGAAUUAGUUUGUGAAAUAAUAGCAAAGGCCUUAGAAUUGGCAACACUGGUAGAAAAUACAAUAAAAUAUUUUUUUCCCUUC